AUGUGCCCGGAUUUUGAGCGCGAAGAGCGCGAGCUGAAGAAAAAUCUGGCGCCGCAAGAGGUUAUUCCAGGCACGCAAAAGGCCGACGCGAGCAAAACUGUCAAGACAUUUCACAGGUCAGCGGCCGGAAACGAAGAGCCUUUGCCGGAGGACCUGCGCACGCCUGAUGCGCUAGUACGCACGCUGGAUUACCUUGUGGACCGGGUGAUCGGCGAGGACCAGACGUUGAAGAGCUGUCAUGGGUUUGUGCGUGAUCGGACUAGAAGUAUCAGGCAGGAUUUUACAAUUCAGAAUAUCCGCGAUCAGCACACGGUGGCUGCGUGCGAGCGGAUUGCGAGGUUCCAUAUUGUGUCUCUGCAUAUUCUCUGCGGCCACAAGGACUUUGCCGAGCAGCAGGACAUGGAGCAGCUGAGAAACACGUUAAAGACGUUGAUUGAGCUCUACGACGACCAUCGCAAGGUCGGCGCAGCGUGUCCGAAUGAGGCUGAGUUUUACGCAUACUAUAUUCGUGUGGCUGAGCGACUUCCAGCGUCUAUAUUUCUGGCGCCCAUUGUGCAGCAGGCAUUGCGGCUGCAUAUGCUCAGCGAGUCGAGUAACGUGGUGACCAGCCGUCAGGACCCGGGUAACUGUUUGCGGCGCAGAACAUUGGCGUCGCCCCAGACCCCGCUUCUCCUGGCCUGCUUGGCCGAGUACCGGUUUCCCAGCAUCCGCCGCGCUGCACUCAAGGCCAUGAACACGGCGUUUCCAUACCAGGAAGGCAAGAGUAUCCGGUCGAGGAGUUUGCCGCCAUGCUUGCCUUUGACUCGACACAGGAGACCUAAUCGAGUCGUUGGUCGGCGAGGUGCCCAACCCAUUGCCAAGCGCGCCAAGCAGCAUUCCGAAGUGGCUGUCACCCUGGCCAACGACAUUGCGAGUCUAUCAUCAACUACACCAGUGCCUUUGUUGCAUACGAGGAAUCCUACAGAUGUCUGA